AUGUUCAACGCACCGCGGAGAACAAACCCCUCACUCGCUCAAUCCGCGUUUCUCAACUCGGCAGGCUCAUCCUACCCGGAUCCUCUGGCCUCAUCAACUCCUAAUCCAGGUACAGCGGGGUAUGGCGAUGUAGACCCAUGGUCGGGUUUACCGAGCCCUACGCGCUCCGGGACUCCGCGGAGGGAUAGCGAGGAGGCGAUCACGCAGCCUGAUCUGGGUGCAGGAGGGGGAUUCGGGGGCGAGGCAGCGAGAGCGGGAGAUGGCGGCGGGUUGAAUGGGCUGAUAGCGGACCCGCCUGCUCUGUACCUCUCCCUCUUAGACCAGAUGGAUACGACGCCAUCAGGAGACGUGUCGAUAUCGUCCGUGCACCGGUUGCUAUCGACCUCCAAGCUCCCCGCAGCUGCUAUCGAGCGUAUCAUCAACCUCACCGCCCGCGACAAGUCCUCCCUCGCACGUCCAGAGUUCAUAUGCGCUCUCGCACUCGUCGCGCUCGCUCAAUCCUCCGAUUCGCCCGAGCCCGAUAUCUCCAUCGAAGCGCUGGUGUCUUCCCUCCCCAACCUUCCUUUUCCGUCCCUCUUCAUCCCUGCCGCAACGACCAGCUCCGUCAUUCGGACUGAACCGCCAGUCGCGUCCCCCUCACUCCUCACUUCCUCACCUUGGGACACCUCCCCUCGCGUGCCGACAGCUCGAGCUCCAGCAGCCCAAGAAGACACUUCUUACACUAACGGCUAUGACGUCGGAUCAGGCGUACAUGCUGUGGAACCGAGCGGCUACUCCACAGGAAGCGGUCUGGCGGGGGAUGCGGCCAAUCCCGAGGCGGAGGCGGAGAGGGGUUAUUGGAAGCGGCUGGAAAAGGUCGAUGUGGAGCUCAUCAAGGAGAGGGAGGGGUGGUUCUUGCAAAAGUACAAAGUGACCUCAGACAAACGGGGAGGAGAGACUGUCUCGCGGCGGUAUUCCGACUUUGUAUGGUUGUUGGACUGCAUGCUCCGGCGAUAUCCUUUCCGUAUUCUACCAUCGCUACCGCCAAAGAAGAUGAGCCCAGACGCUAUGUUUCUCGAGCAACGACGAAAAGGCCUGCAGCGCUUCCUUGGUAUGAUCGUCAAUCACCCGAUCCUGCGCGAGGACGGCGCGCUCAACGUCUUCCUCACCGAACCCAAUUUCGAAGCCUGGCGAAAACGCGUCAAAGUCUCAACCGACGAAGAAUCAGCCAACAAGCGCCUCUCCAAAUCGGAAGAGAUGAACAUCCCAGCAGAUCUGGACGAGAAGCUCGGGAUACUCCGAGACCACCUUCCGGCGCUGAUGGGGAGCUAUCAGAAACUGGUAGUAUUGGCGGAAAGGAGUCUGGGGAGAUUGAUGGCUGCGUCAGCGGAUUCGAGCCGGUUUGCACUUGGGCUGCAUACGGUCGGAGAGGAGAUGCCGAGGUGUUGUUAUAGAGCGGGAGCGGGAGGCGGGGGGAGGUGCUCGCUUUGCGAGGGAGUGGGGAGAGGUUUAGCGGAGGUGGCGGAGAGCUGGACCAAGGUGGCCGAGGAGGGCGAAAGGAGGGCGACCGUGAUCUUGCUCGGCAGUAUCGAAGCGCUCAAGGCACAGCGUGACCUAUACGUCGCCUUCAGAGAUCUGUUUAUACGACAUGACAAAUUGUCUAAAGACUCGGUAGACGCUCUUCGAAAGAAGGUCGAAACCCGACUGAAGAAGAUCGAAGCGCUCCGUGCAGCCGCAAAGCCAAAUUGGGAAGUCGAAGUAGAUAAACUCGUCUCUGGCAAUGAGCAAGACAACUCGCUGAUCACUUCUCUCCUCGCUCGUCGAGUCUUCAUCCGCGCUUGCAUGUGGCACGAGCUAUCGGUGGUGUUUCACUCGCGGCAGGCGGCACAGGCGACGCUGGGGUGGAGGGAGUUUGCGAAGGUGGAGAGCGAGGCGGGAGAGGUUGUUACGGGAAUCUGGGAGGGGUUGAGGGAGAGGCUGGAACGGAUGCCCGUGGAGUAG